AUGAGAGUUACCAACAAUUCAAUUUCUCGUCUUGGAGCCUCUGGGCUUCGUAUCAAUCAUGCUGUGGUUGGUACCAUGCUUCUUGGAAAAGUGGGCUAUGAAAAUUACAACGGAGUUUCUGACGAAGCCGAGUCAAUUGCCAUUUUGAAGCAGUGCUAUGAUGCUGGGUUGCGUACGUUUGAUACUGCUGAUAUUUACUCGGCCGGAAACAGUGAAAGGGUCAUUGGAGAGUUUUUGAAGCAGCACAAUAUUCCCAGAGAAGAUGUGGUUAUUAUGACCAAAUGCUACUUUAGAUUGGCUGAUCGUCAAGGCGAUAGCGGCAAGUUGCAGUUUAACGACAAAGGCUUAUCCAGAAAGCACAUUUUGGACGCCGUGAAAGACUCAGUUGCAAGAUUGGGUACCUACAUUGACUUGCUCCAAAUUCACAGAUACGACCCCGAUGUUCCAGAUGAGGAAAUCAUGCGUGCUUUGAACGAUGUUGUUGAAAGUGGUCAAGUCAGAUACUUGGGUGCUUCGUCCAUGAAAUUGUACCAGUUUAUUCAGUUGCAACACACCGCUGAAAAACACGGCUGGCACAAGUUUGUAUCGAUGCAGAGCAUGUACAAUUUGAUCUACCGUGAAGAUGAACGUGAGCUCAAUGAAUACUGUAACAAGACUGGUGUUGGUUUGAUUCCAUGGUCCCCCAAUGCCAGAGGUUUACUUGCGGUUCCUUCCGACUCUGAAAAGACAAAAGAGAAACUCAAGAAUACUAUUGCAAACUCCUUUUUGGGAAUCGAUAUGGAGCACGAUAAGGUGAUUAUUGACCGAGUAGAAGAGAUCAGCAACAAGAUUGGCUGUACCAUGGUUGAAGUAGCAUGUGCGUGGUUAAUUGCUAAAGGAACACACCCAAUAAUAGGUGUUACUCUGAGAGAUGCCAUUGAGCCUAUGGUCAAAUUGACUGAGAUCAAGCUCACCGAGGAACAGGUGAAGUAUCUCGAGGAGCCAUAUCGUACCAAGGCUCCAGCUUGGGUUCCUCGGUGA